ACCACCAGACAGCUUGAUGAGUGUGAUAUCCGUUUGAUUUUCAGCUUCUAAGAACAGAGCUCUCCGGAGGAGCUCUCAGGAGGAGCCCUAAGGGUGGUGAGCCAGGGCAGCUGAGAAUCGUCCUCUGCUGCACCAGAUUACCAUGGCAUCUGGAGUCAACAUGACGUCUCCCAUUUGUCUAGUAGAAAAUGAAAAUGAGGAGCUGAGGGUGAAUCCCAGUGCAGUUAGGGUUCUUGAAAAGAUUACUCAGCCUGUGGUGGUGGUGGCCAUUGUCGGGCUGUACCGCACAGGAAAGUCCUAUCUGAUGAACCGCCUGGCAGGACAGAACCAUGGCUUUAAUCUUGGCACCACAGUGAGGUCUGAAACCAAGGGCAUCUGGAUGUGGUGUGUGCCCCACCCCACCAAGCCAAAACACACCCUGGUCCUCCUGGACACUGAGGGCCUGGGCGACGUGGAAAAGGGGGACCCUAAGAAUGACUCCUGGAUCUUCGCCCUGGCCGUGCUUCUGAGCAGCACCUUUGUCUACAACAGCAUGAGCACCAUCAACCACCAGGCCCUGGAGCAGCUGCACUAUGUCACUGAACUGACUGAGCUAAUCAGAACAAAAUCCACUUCAAAAUCUGAAGAAAUAGAUGACUCUGACGAAUUUGUAAGUUUCUUUCCAGACUUUGUCUGGACUGUUCGGGAUUUCACUCUGGAGCUGAAGUUAGAUGGACGCCCCAUCACAGAAGAUGAGUACCUGGAGAAUGCGCUGAAGCUGAUUCCAGGCAGGAGUGUCAAAGUCCAAAAUUCGAACAUGCCUAGGGAAUGCAUCAGACAUUUCUUUCCAAAACGAAAGUGUUUUGUGUUUGACCGACCUACAAAAGAAAAGGAACUCUUAGUCCAUAUUGAAGAAAUGCCAGAAGAUCAGUUGGAUCAUAAUUUCCAAGCACAGUCCCAAAAAUUCUGUUCCUACAUCUUUGCCAAUGCAAAGGCCAAGACCUUGAAAGAGGGAAUCACUGUCACUGGGACCCGGUUGGGGACUCUGGUGACAACCUACGUGGAUGCCAUAAAUAGUGGAGCAGUGCCAUGUUUGGAGAAUGCAGUCACAACUCUGGCUCAGCGUGAGAACUCCAUGGCUGUGCAGAUGGCAGCUGACCGAUACAGUGAGCUGAUGGACCAGAGAGUGAGUCUCCCCAUGGACACACUCCAGGAGCUGCUGGAUGUGCACACAGCCUGUGAGAAGGAAGCCGUUGCUGUCUUCAUGGAGCACUCCUUCAAGGACACAAAUCAGGAAUUCCAGAAGACCUUGGUGGUUGCCAUAGAGAAAACAAAGGAAGACUUCAUGAAAAAGAAUGAAGAGGCAUCCGUCCUACAUUGCCAGGCUGAGCUGCAGAAGCUUUCAGAACCCCUCAUGGAAAGUAUUUCCAGCGGAGCUUUCUCUGUUCCUGGAGGGCACAGCCUCUACUUAGAAGCCAAGAAGAAGGUUGAGCAGGGCUAUGAGCAGGUGCCCAGGAAAGGCGUUAAGGCAAAUCAGGUUCUCCAGGACUUUCUGCAGUCACAGGUCACUAUUGAGAACUCCAUCCUGCAGUCAGACAAAGCCCUCACUGAUGGACAGAAGGCCAUGGCAGCUGAGCGGGCUCAAAAGGAGGCGGCUGAGAAGGAGCAGGAGCUGCUGAAACAGAAACAGAAAGAACUAGAGCAAGUGAUGGUGGCUCAGGAAAAAAGCCACAGGGAAAACGUGGCCCAGCUGCAGCGGAAGAUGGAGACGGAAAGGGAGAACAUUCUGAGAGAGCAGGAGAAGAUGCUGGAGCACAAGCUGAAGGUCCAAGAAGACCUGCUUAAUGAGGGAUUUAAGAGGAAAUAUGAAGCAAUGGAUGAAGAGAUAAGCCAACUACAAAAAAAGAUUGAAGAAAAUAAGGAACAGAAGAGCUCACUGGGUGCCCAGCUCUUCGAUGGGAUUGGAAAUGUGUUACUCUCGGUACUGCCGGGUCCUGGUAAACUGGUCGGUCUAGGGAUGAAAAUAAUGAGCAAAGAAAUGAAAUAAGCUAAGAACGUUUGCUAGGAAAGUGCAGGUAUGGCUUCUUUUUUCCCUGAGGUUCAUUUUGAAAGUCUUCAUUGUUAGUUUCAUUUAUUAAAAAUGUCAAAAAUAAAAAGUAACCUCUUUCUAAAUUUUUUGUGUUAGGUGUGCGUGUGUGUGUGUGUGUGUGUGUGUGUGUGCACGCGUGCGCACAGGCAUGCAGGACACCUCGGAUGUCUGAUAUCUGCCCUCAGCUUCCACCUUAUUUUUCUUAAAUUUACUAUUAUUUUUAUGUGUAUGACUGUUCCGCCUGCAUGUAUGUA